CUACUUUCCUCAGUUAGCUUCAGGCCCCACUGAGGAGAAGUGUGAAGUUAGAAAGCUGAUGAAGCCAUUUCCUGCUUUAAUUAUUAUAUUCUGUUUUGCACAGAGAAUAAAUCCUGGUUGGCAAGAAAGAAGUCGUUCUCAUUUACACAACAUAACACAACGCAGAGAUCACAUGUGGCGUCAAACCAGACCGGUUACAGUGGUGCCAUGACCCGGAUGUUAGGGAUGAGGGUCCGGCCUUCUGGGGGCUGCAUGGACCCUGGAUGGAGCUCUUCUGGGGGCUGAAGGGGAAGGAUGCCCCCUGGAUGGAGCUCUUCUGGGGGGUGCUCACUGACUGGAGAGCUGCUCUUGCUGCAGGAACCUCCACCUUCUGGGGAGUUGGGAGGUCAAUUCGUUUGGGCUUAGGUGGGCCGUACAGAGCCUGAGCGCUGGGUGUAGACUUGCUGCCUGCAGGACUUGGCUUGGCUCCGAUAGCCACGUUAGCUCCUCUGCCUGCUGACAUGGGGACGGCAGAGCUCUGCUUCUCCUGAUGCUUCUCCGUGGGGAACGCAGCGUGGCUCAGGUCGUCCUCCCAGGACCCGAUGGUGGCAGCGAGGUUAGCGAGACGCCCUCUCCUCCCAGCAGGAGGUCCUGAGGACGGGGUGGGGGGUGCUGCAGCUGCUGGGGGGGCCUCAGGGUGUCUCUUCGGAGGAGACGGGGGGUCUGGAGCCGCGUCUCCAUCCCAGUACUUCCUCUGCGCUGCGAGCCUCUGCAGACGAGACCUCAUGCCGGCAGUGGGAGGAGCUUCAUCUUCUUCUGGAUCCUCCUUCCUCUGAGGGGUCGACCUCACAGGAAUCAUCUCCUCCUCUCUGAAGCUUUGGGCAACAGGAGGAGACACGACCACCAUCUUCUCCACGGGUCGGGGUGCGUUCCUCUCCAGAGACGAGGCGUGGCGGACACUGUUGGGUCCCGUUGGGGGUUUCUUAUCUGUGGGAGGGUCUGAGAGCACGGGGGCUGAAGGACAUCUGCACCCCCCACUUUGAGAACCACUGGGUUAAGGGUAUACAUACAGCGGCAAGCUUUGGGACGGCCUCCCCUCUCUCCGCAGGAAACAGAAACGGAUGUCAUGGUGUUCAACCCACAUCUGUCGGCUGCAUUGACCUGCGUUGCUAUCCGUCGCCUGUUAGCGGGUGCAAUGGCAAGAUCCAACAGAAGGCGCAGAAGGUUGAGGCGCAUUUUAGCGAUGUUCCAGUGGCAGGGGGGCAAAGGUCUUUACAUGCAGCUCAAUGCUACUGCCCCAAUUCUCGCCGUGUAUGCCAACCCUGAAGCCUGUCUAAAGAAGGACUUUAGAGUUAAGCGAUCCAGUGUGGUGUAUUUAGUGCAGAUGCUUUCCUCCCCAAAGGACCACGGAUGGGGACAAGACAUCGAGGUGCUUGUUCUCCUCUACAGCUUGGCCCAUGGACUAUCGCUCUCUGUGGUGGGUUCAGCAUUCGGGAUUCCCAAAUCGACGGUCCACAGGAUCAUCAAACACGUCACCGGGAAGAUAAAGGCCAACCUGAAGACCCUCAUUUCCCUGCCAGCCGCAGAUGAGCUGCCAGAGAUUGCAGAUGGCUUCUGUCAGCUUGCAAAGAGUCCUGCAUUUCACCGUGCUGCUGGUGCGAUUGAUGGAUGCCAUAUUCGCAUCAAACCUCCAGGAAACGAGUACCACAAGGAGUACAUCAAUUACAAGCUGUUUCCUUCCAUCCAGAUGCAGGCCAUCUGUGACUCAACUGGGAGAUUCCUGGAUGUCUUCAUCGGCUAUCCAGGCUCCGUUCAUGAUGCCAGAGUACUGCGAAACAGCCCCAUCUUCUGCCAGGCACUGUUUCCCCCAGCUGGUUGGUUCCUCCUUGGGGACGGUGGUUAUCCCUGCCUGGAAAAACCAGUGGGGUUACUCACACCCUACAAGGUCCCUCGCGGCCAGGUGCAGGCCAGAUUCAACAGGCAUCAUACCAGGGCUCGGUCUGUGGUGGAAAGAGCAUUUGGAAGGAUGAAGGCUCGCUGGAGGGCCACCCUUUUCAAAGCGCUGGAGGUCAGUCCAAGCUUUGCCUCUGACAUCAUUGCAUGUUGUGCAUUUCUGUACAAUCUGUGCAAAGACAUGAACGAUGUCCUUGAGGAUGCUGAAGCCUUCCCCCCUGAAGAUGGGGACCAGAGUCCUCCUCCUGCCGCAGCAUGUGGACAGGAAAGUCCUGGACACCACCUAAGGGACAGGAUUGCUGCACAACUCUCUGCUCCUGUCCAAAUGGCACCACACCUGAGAGAGCACGAUUACAUCUAAUGAACUUUGUUUUUUUUGGUGUUUUUUUGGCAAAACGUGGUUGUCUGUUAACUUGUGUUUUUGAAAUGAUGUGCACACAUACCUGAUUUAAUUUUGUUUGUUUUAGUGAGCUCCACUUCUCACUUUAGAGAAAAGAGGUGAAAUAAAAUAAACCUGUGCACCGUUGAUUUCAAA